UUUAUUAUAAACAAGUUUCAUUACUCGAUCAUCCUUUUUCACGUAAUUAUAUUAUUGAUAAACGUCGUGAAGCAUUUGGUUUUAAUAUUAUCGAUGAACAUAAAGUUAUAGUUAAAAGGAAUGGAGAAUCUGUAGAAAUUAGAUUAUCAUGA